AAUAGCGCAGAAUCCAAACCUCCAAAACCCUAAAUUUCUCCUUUCAGAGGAAAUUCAACAAGUCCAGAAGAGAUAAUUAGUAUUUUACUAAAUCAAGAUCAAUCAGCCGUUGUUUCCUCUACAAAAAAUCAGAUAUCAAAACCCUGAAAAUCUGAAAAAUGGUUCACACUGUAUCAUCUGAAACCGAUUUCGGUACCAAAAUCCCUAAACCUGAAAUUCAAUGUAUUCCUACACUGCAGCAUACUGAAACCAAACCAGAUAUUAAAAUUCCCAAAUCUGAAAUGCCAGGUUUCGAUUUCUCAACUGAUGUCAAGCCGGAUAUCAAAAUCCCUAAAUCUGAAAUGGCUGAUACCAAGCCGGAUAUCAAAAUCCCCAAAUCUGAAAUGGCGUUUGAUGAUUUCAAACCUGAUAUUAAACCUCCGAAACCUGAAGUUGAUGUGAAGCCUGAGUUGGUGGAGAAUAGUUUACCUGCGGAAAAUCCUGAUGAGGAGGAGUGGGUGACUGUUUAUGGCUUUACCUAUGGGGAGAAAGAGUCUGUGUUGCAAGAAUUCGGGAAAUGUGGUAUUAUAUUGGAUUAUGAUCACGCGGGUAACUGGAUGCAUAUUCUUUACCAGAAUCAAAGUGAGGCUCAAAAAGCCCUCAGCAAGAGUGGGAAGCAUAUUAAGAAAGAUCUUAUUGUUGGUGUGAAUUCUGUGGAUGCAAAUGAAAAACAGGCUCUGAAUGGACGAAACCUGAGCUCUUAUGGUUCGGAAGACCAAAUAAGGAAAGCCCUCCGUGGGUGUAUGAGUCUCCUCCACCGAUCUGAAAGCGAAUUUUUCGUUUUAGCUGAAACAGGUAACGUGUACAACGUCACGUUAUCCACAACCCCGACUUGCAGGUGCAACUGCCCGGACAGUACAGUCCCAUGCAAACACAUAUUUUUUGUGUUUCUUCGUGUUCUUGGGAUAUCUCAAAAUGAUUGUCGCAUUUGGAGAAAGGGCCUUAAGCCAUGUCAACUCACAGAGCUACUCAACAUGCCCACGUCACCUCAGGCGUUAGCUGGUUCCCGUGCGCGUGAAGAAUUUCAUCGCCUAUAUUCAAUGUCAGAGGUGAAUGUUGGUCCUCCACCAAGUAUCAAGGAUGAGGAUGUAAUUGAUGUCCAAUGCCCCGUUUGUCAUCAAGAAAUGCACUUUGCAGCUGAAGCGAUAGAAUGCGGAUCCUGUGGGGAUGUAGGACAUAAGAGGUGCCUGUCAGUUUGGAGGAAGAGGGUAGCAGGGAGGGUACAUGUAUGCGCUAGUUGUAGACAAGAGUGGGUUAGUGCGGAGCAGAAUUGGUAUACAAAUCUGGCAGACUACAUGGAUUAGGAGGAGAUCCAAGAAUUGGCACUGGAACCUGGCGAACUACCUGGAUUAGCUCGAGAUCGAUAUUGGUGAUUAAUCAACGGUUGCUGCUAGAGAUGUAGAUUUGUAUAUUUCGUUUCAUGGUAGUGGUCUGCUUUUGCUUUUUGCAUAUUUGUGGGUAAAAGUCUGAUUUUGGUUUGCACAUUUAACUAAAAA